CUCCAUAAUAAUUUAUAAUAUGUCAUUCCUGAGUGGUAAACUUUCGUCUCUAGUCAAACAAACGAGGGCAAAAUCAUUGUUACAAUGCUCUAAGAGGUCAAUGUGCAACGCUGAAAUCCCUAAAGUUUUUAACAGAGAUCUUCAUAAAUAAAUACAAACAAAAUUGUGAUGGAAUAGAAUCCCCAUCCACAUAUCAAAGACUCUAUGAUUUCGGCAUGCUUGAUCUAGCAGGUCGGCUUAAAGGCAUGAAAAGAAACGCUACAUUUGAGAAUAUUGCUUUCGUUGGAAGAAACCCUCACAUAUUUAUCAGACAUCUCGAAAAGGAUGAUUUGAUUAGAAAUUUAUAUAUCUGAGAUACUACAGAAGAAAGCGUUGACAGAAGCUUCACAAAAAUUAAUGAAAUGAUAAAUGAAGGUUUCUUUGAGAAAUCCAAAAUUCAUCAACCUGCUAAUAUUGAAGGAAAAGUCAUUGAUGAAGAGAAUAGCUGGGGUUUUGAACCAGAAAGCUUGUGCUUGAUAAUCAAUAAUAUGACACUUCACUGGGUCAAUGAUAUUAAGAAAGCAUUUGAUAAUUUUCAUACUUCUUUAAAGCCAAAUGGAGCUUAUCUAGGAACUCUCUUUGGUGGAGAUACUCUUCAAGAGCUUAGAAUAUCAUUCAACCUUGCUGAAGGAGAAAGAGAAGGUGGGUAUGGCACGACAGUUUCCCCUAUGAUGAGCCUUACAGAUAUUGGAAAUUCUUUUUCAUAUGUAGGAUUUAAUCUUCCAACGAUCGACAGAAGUCAAACCUUAGCUGAAUUCCCUACAAUGUUUCAUCUGAUUGAUUACUUGAGAUCUAAUGGAGAUCAAAAUUGAGAUAUGGUAAGAAGGCAAGCUAAAAGCCCUGAAAGCUUCUUGGCUGCAGCUUCAAUAUAUCAAACUCUAUUCAACAAACUGACUAUUCCGACUGACCAAGAAACGAUGAUGUUUGAUGAGUGCUUAAAUGACCUUGACUUCCUAAGGCAAGAUGGGGAUGAUUUUGGAAGAAUCCCAUACAACAAGAUUAGAGAGAAAUAUAACUUCCCAGAAAAUUUGAAUAUUCUCUCAACUUUUGAGAUAAUCUACCUCGUAGGCUGGAAAUACCACAAGGACCAACAAAAGGCUAAGAGCCCUAAGAUGUCUCACAUGUCUUUCAGAGAUAUCGUUGAUGAGAUCGAGAUGAAAGAAGAAGGAGCUUAUGUUAAAUACGGCACACUCACAGAAGAAAUGACAAAUGAAGAGAUCGACAAGGUAGCAAAAGUACUUAAGAAUCUGCCAAAGAAGUAAUUACUCCCAUUAGGAUAUUUAAAA